CUCGCGCGGCGCGGCCCCGCCCCCGCGCUGGCGGGCCGGGCCGGGGGCCAUGGCCGGGCCCGGGGCUGCGCGGCCCUGCGAGGUGCUGUCUUCUGGAAGGCUAACGGGAGCAGCUAAGCUUACAAAGGGAAGAAAACAAUUUGCCUUAAGAAAAGGAUGUCAUUCUGCUCUGGAGUCUGGAUAUUCUCUCAAUUCCGCUGAGUCUGAUGAUCAGGUUGAUACUAUUCCUAAUGGACUUGGCCGCUGUGCAGCUUUACUGAAGAAAAUCUUACAAAAUGAGGCUACAGGAAGGGAGACUAUCCAUAAACACCCCAGGAAAAUAUCUUCUGUUAAAAUUACUUCCAAACCUUUGCUAACCAAAGGAAGUGCUUCCAAGAAGAAUGGGUUGAAAAAAAACGUUACUCCUGCCCAUGUUCGAAAAGAAAUUGUGCCAAUGCCACAUAGAAAACUUGCCUUAUCCACCACACCGUCUACUGAGAAAGAGCUCUCCAGCACAGCAGGGAUUCACCCAGUUCAUGUGCCUUGCAGUCAACACUCUCCUGUGAUGCACCAGAAACUGUGUGAGCAUGUGCAGACUCAGAUGUCUCUGGUAACUGGCCAACCACCACAGAGCAGUAAUGGAAUUCCUGCUGUAACUCAUUUUCCUACCUCAAAUCACGGAUGUCAAAAUGUUACAGCUUUUAAUUAUCCAUUACGUACCUCCUCAUCAGCUCUGUCCCCGCUGCAUUCAGCUAAGCCCUUAUCUACUCAAUUAGAUGUUCCUGUGGACAGUGGCAACAAAUGUGUGCCGGAGAUGGGAGGACCUGUGGCUUGCCCAGUAGUUUCUGCUGCUCCUGGUGCUGCUGCACAGAUACAGUCUGCCACUGCUCUUCCUAGUGUGAUCCCUUGUAUAGCAUCAGGUGCAUCAAAUAACUCUGCAGUGCCUACAUUCAUCCCAUCAUCUUCUGGCAGAGGCAUGACCCCAAACCAUGAGCAACAGGAUUUGAUAAGAUGCCUACAAGCUCACCUGGCCCUCUUACAGUCACGUGAAAUGGUGAACACCAGGACAGAACAGAAGCACCAUCAUCAUUGUGCAGCAAAACAUAAUACUUCAAGUAACAAAGUGGAGAACACUUUUGAAGAAGACAGUGAGGACACAGUCAGUGAGGAAGAUGCCUCGAGUGUACUUGACGUAGCCCCAGAGAGAGAUACAAUUUGUAAGACAGGUUUUGUGAAGAAUGUUCUAAAAUCUAGGAAAGAGAGUCCAGAAGAAACAGCCCUUAAAGUUAAGACUUUAAAAUAUCUGCUGGGAGAGCUCAGAGCACUGGUAACAGAUCAAGAUGAUUCAGAAAUGUUGAGGUUGGUGAGUGAAAUAGAGGACUCCAUAUCACUGCUCCCAGCAGUAGUGGGAAGUAUGAAUGUACAAGCUGAAAUAGCACUGGCUUUGCAGCCUCUCCGAAGGGAAAAUGCCCAGCUACGUAGGAGACUAAGAAUAUUAAACCAGCAGCUUGGUGAGCAAGAAAGAAAUGAAAAGACAUCUGGACAGAGCUGCAACUAUGAAUUAGUUUCUUUGCAAUCCUUGAAUAUGAUGCUUCAGAGUCAACUGCAAGAAUCACAGAAAGGCCUUGAGUCACUACAGGCUAAAAAUGAAGAACUACUUAAAGUAAUCAAAAGUCAGAAAGAAGAAAAUAAACAUCUUGCAAAAGAUAUUCAAGAUAAAGAAGAAGAAUUGCUUGGAAACAAACAGCAUUAUGACAUUUGUUCCACCAAGCUGAAGAUCGAAGUGGAAGAGGCGUUAUCAAAUGUGAAAAGCCUUCAGUUUAAGCUGGAAGCUUCAGAGAAAGAAAAUAAGAUUUUGGGCAUAACAUUACGUCAGCGGGAUGCAGAAGUUAACAGGCUGCGUGAAUUAACCAGAACCUUGCAGGGCAGUAUGGCCAAGCUCCUGUCUGACCUCACAGCAGACAAGAAUAGACCCAAACCUGAAAAAAGUCUUUCCAAGUCUCUUUUGGAAGACCAUGAAAAGCAGAUGCAACCUGAUCAGUUUCCUGGGAGUACUUCAGUAAUGACUUACCUUAAAAAAUUAGAAAUGGAUCAUAUUUUGACAGAUACAGAACUUCAGUUCUCAAUUAAAAGUGGAGAAUUAGAAAUGCAACAUCUAGCCCAUGAAAAGGUGGCUGCUGAAGGAGGCAAAAUAAACAGUGCAUUCUCUGAAGGAGUAACAUCAACUCCCAGAGCACUACUAGCCUCUCUGAAGCAAGGUGAAGAAACAGUUAGUGAUUCUGGGACUUUACUAGAUGACCAAAACAAGUUGGAUGAAACUGUUUAUAUUCCAUUGACUAGCAGUGCCUCUAAGAAACAGUUGCCAGUCUCUGAAAGAACUGGUGUGCUACCCCAAAGUAAAGGGAAUUCUAAGAUGUUGGACUACCACUGUGAGCUCUCAAACUCUGUGCAGCAGAACAGAUGUGAGAUUGCAAAGGAUCCAACUAUUCUGGAUAAAUCUAGUGCAGGGUGUAGCAUGAAAAAGACCAUGGAAAGCACACUUGAAGUUACAGGGGAUAAAGUGAAGCCAGAAGGAGACAAAAUCCAAAUGAGGCCAAAUGACACUCCAAGUGGAACUGCAAAAGACUUCACAGACAAAGCAGACCAACCCCAGCCUGGUACUUAUCCUCGCAUAUCAAUGCUAGUUCCAGAAGAGAUUUCUCAGAAGAAAGGCAGUGGAAUAGCUGAUUUUAGUUCCAUUUCAUUUGAUGAUAUAUCCGGGAAGUCUGAGUGGAGUGUAUCCUCUUUCUCAACAUUUACUUCUCGAGAUGAAGAGGACUUUAAGAGUGGCUUAGCAGCCUUGGAUGCCAACAUAGCUAGGUUACAAAGAACUCUACAAAAUACCACUAUGAAACGAUGACUAUGAAGAAACAAAUUGGAUUAUUUAGGUUUUUCUGAAGUAUAUUAAUAAAGUAUGGUACUGAUAUUCAAAAAUACAUAUUUGUAUUUUUGGUAUGAAAUGACUUGUUGCUAUCUAUUUAAAUUAUGGAUGGGAUUUGUUCCUCUUUAAGCUAUGGUGCUGCUUUCCUUGGUGUGCGCAAUUUGAAAUAACUGGUAUAAAUGCCUUUUUAAAAUCAUGGCUUAGGUUUAUACUCUUUAACUGCAAAAUUAAUUCUUACAACAGCACUUGGUAACUGCUUAAAAAUCCAGUGUGCUGUUAGUAAUAGUUUUUCUAUUAAAUUAUAAAAUGCACUUA